UCAUUCAUUGUGUUUUUAGGUACGAGGAGCCUAUAUUAAAGGUGGGGAGGAAAAAGACGAACUUAAUGUUCAUCGGCGACGGUAAGGGCAAGACGGUCAUUUCUGGUGGGAAGAGCAUCCAAGAUAACAUGACGACAUUUCACACCGCGACAUUUGCUGCAACGGGUGCCGGUUUCAUUGCAAGAGACAUAACAUUUGAGAACUGGGCCGGGCCAAGCAAGCACCAGGCCGUGGCCCUCCGGGUCGGGGCGGACCACGCCGUGAUCUACCGGUGCAACGUGAUUGGGUACCAAGACACACUCUACGCCCACUCGCAGCGCCAAUUCUACCGAGAGUGCGACAUCUACGGCACGGUGGACUUCAUCUUCGGCAACGCGGCCGUGGUGUUCCAGAACUGCAGCAUCCACGCGCGGAAGCCGAUACCCUUCCAAAAAAACACCAUCACGGCCCAAAACCGCAAGGACCCUAACCAAAACACGGGCAUCUCGAUCCACGCAUGCCGGAUCGUGGCCGAGCCAGACCUGGCCGAGGCGAAGGGCGCCUACCCGACGUACCUAGGGCGGCCGUGGAAGCUGUACUCGCGGACGGUGUUCUUGCAGUCGUACUUGGGGGACCACAUCCACCCGAGAGGGUGGUUGGAGUGGAAUGCCACGUUUGCACUGGACACGUUGUACUAUGGGGAGUACAUGAGCUACGGCCCCGGUGGCGCCAUUGGUCAGCGCGUGACGUGGCCGGGGUAUCGUGUGAUCACGGCCGUGGAGGAGGCGAACAAGUUCACGGUGGCGCAGUUCAUUUACGGGUCUUCGUGGCUGCCCUCCACCGGUGUGGCGUUCUCGGCCGGCCUAUCAACUUGAAUGAUAUUAAUAAUAAUGAUGAAAAUAAUAUUUUAUAGAGUGUAUAAGGAAAAUACUUGCCUUUACAUUAGGGUUCAAUUUAUUUAUAUGGUAUAUAUAAUAUAAUCCCCUUUUUUAAAAGGGUUUUCUCA